AUGUUUCUUAUCAAUGCUUCGAAGCCCCUGGGAGCUGGUAGCCCUGUGGUUGUUUAUCAGCAGGUGAGAAACAUCUCAAGAAGGAGGAUAGCGUACCCUUUCUAUCCAUUCAAGAGACUGGGUAGACAGCAUCCAAAAAAACAUGAUUCUAACCUUAAAUCUGCUAUGAGGCAAUUCUUGGGCCCUAGGAACUAUAAGGGUGAAUACGUGAUGAAUAAAUACUUUAGAGCACCCACGAAUCAUGUUCCCAACUAUGUGAAGCCAGAUCUGGAGAGGGGCCAGAGUUUACAACAUCCCAUCAGUGGUGAGAACGUUGUUUUGAAGUAUGACGGGACUUUUGGUGAGGCACCAGAGAAUAGGCGUUUGCAACAGAUUCCAGAGAGGAGACUGCUGCAACCUUUCCCUAAUAAUCCACAUUGCAAAACGAAUCAUCUAAUAAGUGAAGAGCUGAAGAUGAAAAUUUAUAAUGAUAUCCAGAUUGAAGGUCUUUCUACACAGCAGGUUUCUCAAAACUACGGUUUGAAAGUGACCAGAGUGGAAGCCAUUGUGAAACUAAUGGAAAUUGAGCAAAAAUGGGCCAAACGUAACAAUAUUAAUGAGGAUUUAGAAGCAAUGGCAUCGACAAUGUACAAGAUGUUCCCCAUUUUUGAACCAGAAUCUAGAAAGACACGGGAAAAUUUAAGUGAAAUCCCUGUCCCACAAAAGGCUCUUUCAUCUCGUUUCCUGACCAUUGCAGAAUCUGAGCCAUUUGGCCCCAUUGAUGCUGCAAAGCUUCUGGAAUUAGAGCCCGCUACAACUACUUUGGAGAAACUCUCUACAGUGGGUGAACAUUCCGCAGGUCAUUCUGCAACCAACAAGAACAAACGCAAAGUUGUCUAUGGCGAAUUGCUUCAGGAUGAGAAGUCAAUGUUCAAAUUCACCAAGGCUCGUGUAGGUAGCGUUGGUUUUCGUUACGGUCGUGUCAAUCGUGACAACAAGAAAGAUCGGAAGAUUGGGUUCAAUGAACUGGGACAGAUGAUUUACAUAUAA